AUGACCGACGUGGAAAAGUCUUCCAAAACAAUGAGCAAACCCUGGCCACUGUGGAAGAAACUCGCCAUAGCAGGAAGUAUCACUGCCGUCGCGAUUGCACUUGGCGUCGGUCUGGGCGUCGGUCUCACACGGCAUCACUCAUCAUCAUCCUCAGACAACGUUGCUCCUCCCACAGACACAAACACCAACACAACACGCACAUCGACAUGGCGGCCCUCCGUAAACACGACAUGGCAGAUCAUCCUCGGCAACCCCGUCGACCCAUCCUCCCUGUCAACGCCCCCCGUUCCCAUCUGGGAUAUCGACCUCUACGAAAACCCAUCCUCAACCAUCGACCUCCUCCACCACCAAAACGCCCACGUAAUAUGCUACUUCAGCGCCGGAUCCUACGAAGACUGGCGCGCAGACAAGAACGACUUCCAAGCCUCCGACAUUGGCGCCAAUCUCAAAGGCUGGAAAGGCGAGAAAUGGAUCAAGUUAUCUUCUCCGUCUGUGAGAGCCAUCAUGGCCAAGCGCAUCAAGAGUGCUUCAGAGAAGGGCUGCGACGCAAUCGACCCAGAUAACGUGGAUGGGUAUCUCGUCAAUAACGGGGUGGGCCUCACGAAGCAAGAUUCCAUUGACUUUGUGAAAUUUCUGGCGGGAGAAGCGAAAAAGUACAACAUGUCGAUUGGGCUGAAGAACGCAGGCGAGAUUAUACCAGAUGUGAUUGACGUGGUGGACUUUAGCGUCAACGAGCAGUGCGUACAGAUGAAGGAGUGUGAGACGUUUGCGCAGUUUAUCAAGAAGGGGAAGCCGGUGUUUAAUAUUGAGUAUCCGGAUGGGGCGCCGGAUGUGCAUGAUGAGAAGGCGAGGGAGAUUUGUGCGCAUGAGGGUGCGUCGGCGGGGAGUGAGGGUUUUAGUCAGGUUAUGAAGAAGAUGGGACUGGAUGGGUGGGUGAGGUAUUGUGAUGGGAGGAGUUAUCUUACCAAGACGAAGGGGUAG